CACUGGAUGAACUGGUGAUUUACAGGCUACUGGUUUUGUAAACUGGUGCAAGCUGCUGCUGGUUCUCAGGUUAGUCAGAGUUGUGUCGCGGUGUUGUUUGAUAAGCUGCUCAGCAGACACGGACCUCGGAGCUGAAGCCUAAAUCGCAGCAGGAAGAGGUGCAGCAGGAUGUGAGCUCGAAACUUGCUGUGGGAAACAAACUCGGUGCAGAGACAAAACAAACUUCUGCUUCAAAGACAAAAAGUGUUCAUACAUGACGACUGACACAUGAAGCAGGUUCAGAUUUUUCCUGCGAGGAUGGUUCAAGAACAGAAAGAAUAAAACUUUCUUUCGACUUCACCUCUUCUGGUGUGACGCACUUGUUUCUACUCGACCCCGCAGUGCAGCGUACCAAUCGUCACAAUGACACAACUUCCUUAACAAACGUUCCUGAUCCAAUUGCUUUCUUUCAGCCUAGAGUUUAAUCUCAGGACAGACUGAGACAUUUAGAACAAACUAAGAGUCAGAACACCGGAAAUGUCCGCUGUAAUUACGUCAUUCACUUUGAUGUUUGCCGUGUUCGUCUCUGCAGACCAGAAAACCAUCACAGCUGAGUGUGGACAGGACGUGACUCUGACAUGUCGAGCUCCAAACAGCAACAACAAGAUCAUAGUUGUAGAGUGGAGCAGAGCUGACCUGGAGCCACAACAUGUCCUUUUGCAGCACAAUGGGCAGUUUGAUCUAGAAAAUCAGCAUCCAUCUUUUAAGAACCGGGUGGAUCUACGGGACAGACAGAUGAAGGAUGGAGACGUGUCUUUGAUUCUGAAGGAUGUGAUGAUUGAUGACACUGGAACAUACGACUGUCGUGUUCAGAGACAGAGAGAAAGUUUAAGUCUCAUCACCAGUGUCUACCUGCAUGCUGAUCCUCCAGGUCAAUCAGGAUGGAAAGUCGGUGUGUCAGUGUCUGCUGUGCUUCUUGUUGUUGCUGUUGUUGGAUUUUUGAUCUACAGAAAACAUAAACAGCAGCAGAGGCAGCGUCCUGAUGAACUGCAGCCUGUUUGAAAUGUCUCAGAGUUUUUCUCCUGCUGCUGUUCAGACUCUGUGUUGUCAGUGAACAUUGAGGUACAGACAGAGGAUCUGAUCAUCCAGCAGACAGACAUCAAACACGCCCAGAGUUGGUUUGAUGUUAAAUUCCUCUGAUUAUCAUCAAAGCUGUUCAGACUGUGUUAGUGUGUCUCUGUCUGUCAGACACUCUGUGAACUACAG